AAAUUUGGAAAGUAUUAAAAGCGGGAAUCAUGUGUCAUGUGAUGGUGUGUGUGUCCCACCGCCGCUGUAAAACAAAAAAAAAAAUCUCACUUUCUUCUUCUCCGACACCUCGGGACUUUCUCCGACUCUGUUCCCGUCGAUUUAAACACUUCAGACUUGUUCGUUCACUCUGCUUUUAUUCUUUUCUCUCGCUCUUUGAUUCUCUAUUUGACUGUUGAUUAGAGAUGUGGCAAGUUGUUCUAGGAGCAGCCAUUGCUGGAUCCACUAGUUUUGUAGCUAAACGCUUCUUCAACCCUUUCUCUCGAGAUUCUCGUCAUCCUGAGGAUUACGCUGAAGAGCAGGAACCCGUCACUCCACCUCCGGUAGGUAUUGGAUUCCUCGAUUCUUCUUUCGAUAAAACCGAUGGAGUUUUCCGGUUUUCUAGUACCGGGUCUACCGUUAACUCAGGGUUCGGAUCCGGGUCGUCUCCUGGGUUUAGGAAGAGUUCAGGGGUGAAAUGUAGAGUGAGGGUGCGUGGAUUGAUGAGGAAGAAGAAGAAAGAUAAUGGUGGGGGAGGCGAGAUCGAGAAACGAUCUGCAAAUGUUGGUGCUUUUGAGUCGAAGAGUGACGUUUGCUCGAAAAAGACGAAAACUUUGGGUGCUGCGUCAGCUUCAAAACGUGGGUCUUCAUGUUAUAGUAAUCAAGAUCAUUCCUCUAUCAGCUCGGCACUUAGUGUCUGCAUGAUGUAUAUGAUGUCAGCAGAGAAAAGUGAAAUCAGUAAGCUGCAUACAGCAACAGAAGAAACUACCAAAGCCAUCCAGGAGCUGAAAGAUGAACUUUCUAGGAUAAAAUCUUCACAGGAUUUCAAAUUCCGUGGUUGUGCAGCGAGCUCUCAGAAAUCUAGCGAGAAAUCUAGAUCAGAGAUGGUGAGUAGAGAAUCUCUCGACAUUAAGUCGGGAAACGAUGUAGAAUAUGCUAGCAGCGUCCUAACUGAGGAGCCAGAACAAGAGACGGUAGAAAUGGAACAGUUAGAGAUGGAACUUGAAUCUGAGCUGCAGAAACUGAAUUUGGCUGAGACAAGUGAGGUUAUGGAGGAAUGUAAAGAUUUGAUGAAUAGAUCUGAGUCAUACCAAUGUGGUGGAAUAUCGUCAUCAGAACUGGACAAGAAACUAAGCCACCUUCUCAUCGAACAACAGGAAGUUCAGAUCAAUGAGCUUGAAGCUGAACUACAAACUACUCAGUCCAAACUCCAAGAAAAGGAAGCUGAACUCCAAGCGCUUAAGGUCUGCGUUAGACGCCUUACAGAGUUUCCUCUGUUGGACCGUUCAGAUGAUGAGCAUGAAGAAGACCAGCACCAGAGUCUCUCAGUCUCAUGGAACCAAACUGAUAAAGAGGCAAGAAAGCAGAUCAUUGGGAUGAAAAGACCUAUGGAGUUGUCUAUGCAUGUUUAGUAAAGGUGGUAGUAACGAAAUCUGCAUGGUAAGUUCUUUGAUAGACACCAUAGCACCAAAACUGAUCCAAAUCUCAGAAAGUUCGUUUCAUCAAAUCAUGCCAAGGUGGUGGUGGUGUACGCAAACAAAUCUAGACUGGACCAAGUAGAUAAUAUAUCCUUGUAUAUUCACCAGAAGAAUCCAAGACUAUCAGAAACCUUCGUAGUCCUGACUUGUUUAGAGAUUUAGAUUACUAGCUUUAGUAGAAGAGCUAAUGAUUAUGGACUUGGUAACAUAUAAAUUUCGUUUGUAAUUCUCAAGCUGUUGUUAGUGUGUGAGCUUGAUGUUUACUGCAGAUCCACUAUUUUGUCGACCUUUCUGAUUAAUUGCAAAAACUAUUUUUGUUAAAACUCAAUUUCUUCUAUAUACAGUUUGAGCGAUCAAAAUGCGUUAGGUCAACAAACAAAAACAUCAAAAAGUUAUUCCAAAUUUGGCACGAAAUUAUCACAGCAAAGCUUUUAGAUUGUCUCAACUCAAGAAAAUAUCAUGCUACAAGGAAAACAUUUAAAG